AUGGCCGUUGAACCGCUGCUCGCCACCCGAGCUCAACGAGCGUUUAUUGCAACCAUAACUAUCCAGGCGAUUGUGGUGCUCGUAAUGGUUGGACUGACCUUCCAUAAGGCCGAUGUUCAUGUCCAACUAACUCAAGGAAGAUACAAGACUGUACCAUGUUACCUUGCGCUCUUUGCUCUAGCAGAGCUAUUUGAACUCUUCAUGGCAUUCGAUGCGCUGAGACUGCGCAACAUUAUCCAGCUAUUUGGAAUUCUCAUCUUCCAUGGUGCUCUAAUUGUGUUUGCGGCCCUGCAAAUACACCAAACGAAGACCGCACUCGUGACGGAUCUUGGUUGCGAUGUAUCAACUAGCUACAUCACAUGCGGAGGGACGGGCACUCUUUGGAGCCAAAUCAGACCAUUUCUCAUCGUUGCUCCAUCUGUCAUUGGUGCAUCGUGGCUAUUCAUGCUAUUUUGGAUCAAGCAACUCUACGGCGAAUUUGGAUGGGCCAUCUUCCACGUUGUAGGCGCCAAUCCCAGGAUGAAAACAAUGUAUCAGUGGUAUCAAAUCAUGAUCUGUUUGUUGAAGUUCGACUUUUUCUUCUUCACCGGUGUCACAAUGCAGCUGCUUAUUAUCGUUUUGCAACGCAAUUCGGCGGAAUUCGGCGUCACCGUCGCUGCUAUUCCUGUGGUCCUCAUUCUUCUUAUUCUAUGUGGCAUAGCAGUUCAGCGAGAAAUAAAGUCGAUCAUGACCAUCUCAUUGAUUAUGAUGUUGGCUUCAUUGAGUUACUUGUAUAAACUUGUCCGUUUCUAUCAACCAGCUUCGAGGGAGCAAUAUCUGACGACCAGAGCUACCCUAACCACUUUCACGAUCGUUGCUUUGAUUUUAAUGUUGUUGACUUUUGCUGUUGGAAUACGGUGUUUCUCCGACUUCGAUCAAGGGCUACAGUCGUCUAAAACCCAUUCUGUUCCUAUUCGACCAUCUAAUACCAAGGUCAAUUCCAGUGGAAACAUGACCCAGAGCCAGUCCAACACCUCCGGAAUUCCUCUGGCCCCACGAAUAUCCAUCGAAUAA